UGUUGUUAUUAUUAUGAAGCUAGUAAAGGCAGCUGUCAUAUUAAUCUUUCUGAAAGUUUAUUCAACUUAUGCAGGAACAUCACUAAUUGGAUCGCCAACUAAUCUCGAAUGUCCAUUAAGUUUGAUAGCAUAUUAUUGGUAUAAGAAGUUCAUUGGUGGUACUAAAUUGUUAAAAGAUGGCGACAAAUAUUACGGUACAUCAAAUAAAACUCUAACAAUAAAAAACUUUGAGCUGACAGAUGAAGGUUUUUAUAGAUGUGAAGGAUUUACCACUAGAGGUUCAUAUUCUAUGAGUCAUUUGAUACAGUUGUUUGUAGCAGUUGAUGGUGGCUGGUCGACCUGGAACACAUGGGACGCUUGCACAUCAACAUGUGGAACUGGACAACACAGAAGAAGACGUUAUUGUAAUAAUCCUACACCUGCAAAUGGUGGUUCAAAGUGUCAAGGAGAAGACUAUGAAUACAGAUUAUGUUCACCAUCGUUAUGUCCAGUUGAUACAGGAUGGUCGUCAUGGGAUUCUUGGGGAGUAUGUAACGUCACAUGUGGAACUGGACAACAAAGUAGGAGACGAUACUGUAACAAUUCUAAUUCAACAAUGGGUGGCGCUUAUUGUCAAGGAGAAGAAUAUGAUUUCAACUCCUGUGUAUUAUCUUCAUGUCUAGAUCCAGAACACCAACAAUCAACAAAUAUAUCAAUAGCAGUUAGAACAGUCAGUGGUGUCUUACUCAUUAUAAUAGUAAUAAUACUUGUUGUUAUAUAUGCGAAAAGGAGACGGUAUAAUUCUAAAAAGGAGCCGGAUUAUGACAUACCAGAUAUCAGGAGAGUUCAACCUUAUAUUUAUGAAGAAACACAUGUCAAUCAUGCAUACCAAAAUGAUAAACAGAGCGCUGAAGUAGAUGUUUAUUCUAUAGAAAAUAAUAGAUAUUAGUGUCAAUAACGGAUCACUUACAGCCAUAUUGGAAAAUAUCCGGCAACACGUUUGAGUUUCAGAGAGAGUUUCAAUGCAUGCUGAAUCUCAUGAUUGAUAUUUCAUCUUACUUUACAAUACAUGUCAUCUUUAACAUUUUGCCUCGGCAAAGUUUUCUUGUCAUUGACGUUCGGGUGGUCAUAGAACCAAGCAGCGUUACCCUCGAUGGAACCAGUUUGUUUUAAAUAAGUAUGGCUCAAUGACAAGUAGUUUAAUUUAUUUCCGAUGUCCAUAUUAAAAUGCAUCCAAGAUCGUUCUACAAAUUGACCGCCGAUAACUUGUAUUGAUUUCAAAUGUGACUGUUGUUGACUGGUAAUGCGAAAUGCUGCAGGUGACAUAAGUGGUUCAUUCAAAUAGUGAAAAUAUGGAAUG